AGUAACAUUUUUAGAUUUCAUCUUUACAAAAUUGGCCAUUAAAUCUAAUAGGAAGGAAAAAAUUGUGCGAACAUAACCUCACACAUUGAAGAAAGAUCGUGAUGGUCGUCGGGCAAUAAUUCAUUUUGAAAUGUUGAACUGUAUCCCCGCGCAGGAAUCAUACGCUGAAAGACCAUUUGAAGGGUUUGAAAUAAACGAUACUUCCUUUCUCUAUAAUUUGACAGGUCGACAACCUUGUCCGAAUUGUGGAAAAUCCAGGAAGAUAUUCUGUUACACUUGCUUUGUACCAAUUAGGGAAGUUGAUGGCAAACUACCGAAAGUCAAGUUGCCCUUAAAAAUCGACAUAAUCAAGCACAAACAUGAAAUUGAUGGCAAAAGUACUGCCAGUCACGCAGCAUUAUUGGCCCACGAUGAUGUUAAGAUUUAUACAUAUCCAGACAUUCCAAAUUAUGAAAAAGAGAAUGUGGUGCUAAUAUUUCCCGGUCAAGGUGCUGUUAGUGUUAACCAAUUGGUUAGAGAAACGACAUAUGAGAAUUUAAUUAAAUAUCAAAAAAGCCAUUGUGGUAACAUUCCGAAAGGUCAUAAUCAAACCACUUUGUUAAAAACCAUUUCUUCUCAUUCAAGAAAUGAAUCUAGAAGUAAAGUAGCUAAACUUUCUGUAUCAAAAGCAAUAUUUAUAGAUAGCACAUGGCACCAGUGCAAAAGCAUAUAUAAAGAUGAAAGAUUGAGAGUUAUUCCAUGUGUGGUGAUUGAAAAUCGCAUAUCUCAGUUUUGGAGGCACCAGAAAGGCAGCCCUAGAUGGUAUCUCGCGACAAUUGAAGCAAUUCAUCAAUUUGUCUUGGAAAUUCAUUUGCAUUGUUGGGGUUUAAACCCAAAUUAUAAGGGAAUUAAAAAUUGUUUUACUGAAAAUGACUUGGGGCACAUACAAAGUUUCUACACUGCUAAUCCUAAAGGUUAUUGUGGGCAGUAUGAUAACUUAUUGUAUUUUUUUAAGUAUAUGUAUGAUACCAUACAUAAGUAUUACAGACAUGAAGAUUUAUACUCUUAUAAAAGAAGACUAACAUAAGAUUAUCAUUUAAUAUAAAGAAAUACUUUUUAUUUACGUAAAUUAUUGAAUUAUUAUUUUAUAUUUGCAUUUAAUAAAGCUGGUUCCAUAAAUAUUCAUUCAUUUUUUCAUAGUAUUGUAGUUUUAUUUUUUGGCAUAGUUAGAUUUAAUAGGAAAAAGUACAGUCAGUGACUUUCUGGCUUGCGGCGCGAAAAUUAUUGGGACCUCAAUUGUUUCAUACAGUUUGGAAGGAAUAUAAAUCUAUCUAGUUUAUGAAAACAGUGGAAGCUUCUCAUUUCAGGAUAAAUUAACGUGAUUUCAUAGCCGUUCCUCGGUUCCUAAUGGUGUGUUAAAAACUUUAGAACUUGCAUUGUAGUAUUG